UUGGUGGGGACUACAAGAGGGGUGCGCCUGUUGCCCCUGGCCUCUUGGGGCCGGCGUAAUAAGCUCCUCUCUCCCUUCAGGCUGUUUCCUCAGCCCUGGACAGAUCCCAGGGUCUCGAGGUUCCUCUGGCCAGCCACAGGGACACCCAGGGUACCCUGCUGCCUGUCAUCCCUGGUUCAGAGCUAAACUCAGGAGUGUGGAGAUGAAGCCACCCAGUGCUCCCAUCUUGUCAUCCCUGGAGCAGCACCAAAGCACCAGAGAACCAUAGACAGCAGGUGGCUGACCCCCACCCCCAAGUCCUUGGAGCCCUGCUGAGGGGACAGCAGUGACCCCUGUGCAUGGUUACAAAUGAGGACAGCAAAGUGCAGAGAGGUGACGCAGCCUGCCCAGGGUCACCCAGCUGCUCCUGACCACCAUCCGGGACUCCAUGAGGAAGCAGGAGGUGUGGACGGGAGGAGAGGCCAGCCAGGCCCAUGGCACUGGUUCUCCAGCCGAGCAGAUGAAGGCUCUUGUGGAUCUGCUGCCCUGGAAGAGCAGUCAAGGUGGUCAGACCCUGCAGACCCCUGAUGGGACACCCGACUCCCCACUAGGACUCCAUAGCAAUGACUCAAGGAUACGCCGGCACCUCGAGGCCCUGCUGGGCAGAGUGGGAGGCACCCUGGAGCUGGGCAGCCCUGUGCACCGGCUGGCCAGUCUGCUGCUGGUGGAGGGCCUGAGUGACCUGCAGCUGCGGGAGCACGACUUCACGCAGGUGGAGGCCACACGGGGGGGCCAGCGCCCCGCCAGGGCCAUCACCCUGGACAGGCUCUUCCUGCCUCUAUCCCGGGUGUCCAUCCCGCCCCGCAUCUCCAUCACUGUUGGGGUGGCCGGCAUGGGCAAGACCACCUUGGUAAGGCACUUUGUCCACCUCUGGGCCCGCGGGCAGCUCAGCCAGGACUUCUCUCUGGUGUUGCCUUUCACCUUCCGGGAUCUCAAUGCCCACGAGAAGCUGUCUGCCGAGAGACUCAUCCGCUCCGUCUUCCCAAAUGUCGGGGAGGCCUGCCUGACAGUGACAGCCCCAGCCAGAGUCCUCCUGGUCCUCGAUGGCCUGGAUGAGUGUAAGAUGCCUCUGGACUUCUCCAACACUGUGGCCUGCACAGACCCAAAGAGGGAGAUCCAAGUGGACCAGCUGGUCACCAACAUUGUCCGGGGCAACCUCUUCCCAGAAGUUUCUGUCUGGAUCACCUCUCGUCCCGGAGCAGCUGGCCAGAUCCCAGGAGGCCUAGUGGACCGGAUGACUGAGAUCCGGGGCUUUACUGAGGAGGAGAUGAAGGGGUGUUUGGAGCAGAUGUUCCCCGAGGACAAGACCCUUGUGGGCCAGGUCCUGGGCCAGAUGCAGGCCGACAGGGCCCUGUAUCUAAUGUGCACAGUCCCAGCCUUCUGCAGGCUCGUGGGCAUGGUGCUGGGUCACUUGGGCCGCAGCAGGCCAGCACCCCAGGACCCAGAGCUGUGGCCUCCACAGACCCUGUGUGAGCUCUACUCGUGGUACUUCAGGAUGGCGCUCAGCGGGGAGGGGACGGAGAGGGGCAGGGUGAGCCCCCGGAUUGAGCAGGUGGCCCAUGGCGGCCGCAAGAUGGUGGGGACACUGGGCCGGAUGGCCUUCCACGGGCUAGUGAAGAAAAAGUUCGUGUUUUAUGAGCAGGACAUGAAGGCAUUCGGUGUGGACCUGGCUGUGCUGCAGGGUGCCCUGUGCAGCUUUUUCCUGCAGCGGGAGGAGACGCUGGUCUCCUCAGUGGCCUACUGCUUCAUCCACCUGUCCCUGCAGGAGUUUUUGGCGGCUGCAUAUUACUACAGUGCAUCCAGGAGGGCCAUCUUCGACCUCUUCACUGAGAGUGGCAUGUCCUGGCCCAGGCUGGGCUUCCUCACACACUUUAGGAGCGCUGCGCAGCGGGCCAUGCAGGCCGAGGACGGGCGGCUGGACGUGUUCCUGCGCUUUCUUUCGGGUCUCCUGUCGCCCAGGGUUAAUGCCCUGCUGGCUGGCUUCCUGCUGACCCAGGGCGAGCACCAGGGCUACCAAGUUCAAGUGGCCGAGCUUCUGCAGGGCUGCCUGCGCCCCAACACAGCCGUGUGUGCCCGUGCCGUCAAUGUCCUCUACUGCCUCCAGGAGCUGCGGCGCACAGAGCUGGCCCGCAACGUGGCAGAGGCCAUGGGCAGCGGUGCCCUGGCCAGUCUCACCGGCCCCUCGCACCGUGCCGCUCUGGCCUACCUCCUGCAAGUGUCUGACAUCUGUGCCCAGGAGGCUGACCUGUCCCUGGGCCUUGGGCAGGGUGUCCUCCAGAGCCUGCUGCCCCAGCUGCUCUACUGUCAGAGCCUCAGGCUGGAUGCCAAUCAGUUCCAGGACCCCGUGAUGGAGCUACUGGGCAGCAUGCUGAGCGGGAAGGACUGUCGCAUUCAGAAGAUCAGCCUGGCUGAGAACCAGAUCAGUAACAAAGGCGCCAAAGCUCUUGCCAGAUCCCUCCUGGUCAACAGAAGUCUGACUACUCUGGACCUCCGCAGUAACACCAUCGGGCCCCAGGGAGCCAAGGCACUGGCUGAUGCUCUGAAGAUUAACCGCACUCUGACCUCUCUGAGCCUCCAGAGCAACGCGAUUAAGGACGAUGGUGCCAGGUCCAUGGCUGAGGCCUUGGCCACCAACAAGAUGCUCUCUGCGCUGCACCUGCAGAAGAACAUCAUCGGGCCCCUGGGGGCUCAGCAGAUGGCAGAAGCCCUGAAGCAGAACAGGAGUCUGAAGGAGCUCAUGUUCUCCAGUAACAGCAUUGGCGAUGGAGGUGCCCAGGCCCUGGCUGAGGCACUAAAGGUGAACCAGGGCCUGCUGAGCCUGGACCUGCAGAGCAAUUCCAUCAGCGAUGCGGGAGUAGCGGCGCUCAUGGGGGCCCUGUGUGCCAACCAGACCCUCCUCAGCCUCAAUCUGCGGGAAAACUCCAUCAGCCCCGAGGGAGCCCAGGCCCUGGCGCAAGCUCUCAGCAGCAACAGCACCCUGCAGCACCUGGACUUGACAGCCAACCUCCUCCAUGACCAGGGCGCCCAGGCCAUCGCAGUGGCAGUGGGAGAAAACUGUGCCCUCAAGACCCUUCACCUGCAGUGGAACUUCAUCCAGGUGGGCGCUGCCAGGGCCCUGGGACGAGCACUCCAGCUCAACAGCAGCUUGACCAGCUUAGACUUACAGGAGAAUGCCGUCGAGGACGAAGGAGCUUCCGCGCUGGCCAGUGCGCUGAAGGUGAACACAGCCCUCACUGCUCUCUACCUCCAGGUGGCCUCCAUUGGUACCCCGGGGGCCCUGGCACUGGGGGAGGCCCUGGCUGUGAACAGAACCCUGGAGAUUCUCGACUUACGAGGAAAUGCCAUUGGAGCGGCUGGGGCUAAGGCCUUGACGAAUGCUCUGAAGGUGAACUCCAGUCUCCGGAGACUCAAUCUUCAAGAGAACUCCUUGGGAAUGGAGGGGGUGAUAUGCGUUGCCACGGCACUGUCUGAAAACCAUGGGCUACAGCACAUCAAUCUCCAGGGAAAUCACAUUGGGGAAUCCGGGGCUAGAAUGAUCUCAGAGGCUAUCAAGGCAAACGCUCCCAUGUGCACUGUGGAAAUGUGAGAAAGGCAAGUUCCCAGUGGACAGAGCAGGACAGGCAGAGACUCAGCUGGAAGCUUUGGAACAGAAAGCAUGCUCUCCAAGUGCCUUCCUGAGACCAGGAAUGCUGCCGACCCAGUGAGGGCACAGAUGCACAGAGAAAGGAAAGAGGUCAGACGGGGUUCUGGGCACUGCUCCUGCCCAGGGUCACUCCCAGCAGGGAUGCAUGGACACUCUCCUGUUACACAGAGAAGAGAAGUAGCUGCCACCGAGACUCGGGACAAAGGCCCAAAAGGUAAGCAGCAUAGGAAGCCAGUUCCAGCUUAUACGCUGUGGGCUUAUGUUCCAAUUAAAACAAGGACAACAACAACAACAAACCUCUAUCACUACCCCUAUUUAAAAAGGGAAAGAGGGACAUUAGCACUCAAAAUCUGCCUUAAUAAAAGUGAUUAAACUUAACAUCACAGUCACAGGACAAAAACAACCUCAUGUGCCCCGAUGCACUGCCCUCGACACAUCACUGAUGUGUUAUUCUUGCCAAAAAUGUUUGUUUGAGCUAAUCAUGAAGAAAUGACGGCACAAAAUCCUGACCUCUUAAAAAAUGGCAAUGUUAUGACAGACACAAGUGGGGGUUGCUAUAAAUGAAAGAGGGUAAAGAGACUUAAUAAUUUAAGGCAAGAUCUUUGACUGGAUCCUAGACUGGACGGAAGAAAAUCCAAUGUAAAGAACAUUACUUGGAAAUUGAAGAUGUAUGAACCCAGGUUUAUGGUAUUCAUUACUGUUUUUGAAAGAUACUUCUGCUGGGUAGAGGAUUCUAAGUUGACAGUGUUUUCUGUCCCAUGUUGCUCCUCUGCCCUUUGGUUUGUGUCAUUUCCACCUGAGUUGAAAGCUCAGUGGAACAGAGAGUUGCAGUAGGCAAGUGGAAAAAUCCACACCCUGCAGAAACCUAGCACUAAAGCUGGGAGGCCAGAGCCGUGGAGAAAAAGGGCAAGCCCCACUAGAAAUAGCAGGAAGAGCCCUUCCUCUGUGCAGACCUCUCCAGCACCCCCUGACAGCUCGCUGGCUGCCAAAGGAGAAAUUUUUAUAAGGUCUACCUCCAUUAGCACAAAGCUGGCUGAAAAGGGGAAUGUGGAGCUGAAGAAUAAAUUGAUAACUGCAACAGUG